AUGAGACGCGGGUCGUCAAGAUCGCGAGAAUCUAUUCCUUUGGAUUGUUCUACCAGUGAGGCUAUCCGCAGCACCGAACUUUCAAACUCUGACAAUCGUGACGCAUUGAAACGUGAGAAGGCUAUCUACGAACGACUAGGCAACUAUAGAGGGAUCAUCCAUUGUUUCAAAGCCUCUGAUGACGGGAUCGAGCUUGCCUUUGCAAAGCAAGGUGAUCUCAAGUGGUACAUCAAGAAGAACAUUGAACCACACCAAUCACUUAAAACUGAGUGGAUUUUGUCUCUCAUAGACACUUUAUCCUAUAUCCACUCACGCAGGGUCUUCGUGGACGAAAUUGCCCUCCGGAAUAUCUUGGUCAGCGAUGAAAAGCUCACGGUCGCGGAUUUUGGCCAGUCUAUGUUACUGUCCAUGGGUGCCGAUGUGGAUACAAUAUGCGAGCAAGAUUUGACUGCCAAAAUCGAAAUUCUUCACCUUGGCUGGGUUAUCUAUUCGAUUGCCGUCUGGCGUGUCCACGAUUAUUAUUUCUUCAACCCCUCAAAACAACCAAGCCAAGAUUUAUCUUCGUUGGAAGGUCUGUUCUGUGGAACGAUUAUUCAGAAAUGCUGGAGUGAACAGUAUGUUAGCAUGGGUGCCUUGGAUAAGGAUGCUCGUGAUUUGUUGACGAAAUGA